AUGCGAGAGCUUUGUCGGGCUCCCAGCCCACAACUGGAACUUGAGCCUGAAAACUCGCCCAUGGCAGCUGCUUGGAGCCGCUGGCGCAGGAGGCGACCAUGGUCCAGAAUUGACACGAUGCUCUGCUUUGUGCUAGGCCUGGGCUUGGCCUCCGCGUUUCUUGGCGAAACUGCUGCAGCCAAAGAUGCUGCAAAGCUGCGGAGACCAAGCUCUCCAAGCUCUCGAAGCUCUCGAAGCUCUUGGUCCUUGGGGGCCGAGGGUGCAAACAGCGGCUCGGGACCCGGGCUUGCCCUCUCGGUUCUCAUCGCCGGUGCAGGGCCCUCAGGGCUGUUGCUGGCGCACCGGCUGCUGGCGGCUGGGGCAUCGGUGCGCCUCGUCGAAGGUCGACGAGACCCGCGGACAGACGAGUCCUUGGAGGGCCGAGCUUACGCCUUGGGCCUGGGCAUCCGGGGCCGCACUGCCAUCCGGACAGCUGGAGAGAAGCUCUGGGCAUCCAUUAAGCCAAGUGGCUUUGGCAGUGAGCGGUUCAAGCUGCACCUCUCCCCAACCUUCGCCAUCGACCUUCGCACGCCGGAAGACAACAAUGGGCUAGAGCCCAGCCUUCUGAUCUACCAGUCUGAUCUUUGCUCUGCAAUGCUGGAUGAGCUGGAGGCUUGCUUCUCGGGAACAGGGAGGCUGCAGAUAUCUUUCAGCACGCUCUUGAAGUCUGCAGACCCUGUCGCAGGUUCGGCAGUACUGCAGUCCGGGGACAAGGUCGAGGAGUUGGCCCCAGUGGACGUGAUUGCAGGUUGUGACGGUGUGAAUUCAGCAGUCCGAGCCAGCAUCGACAGUGCCUGUCCUGGCUUCAAGGUCGAGCAGACGCAGCUGCCGGGCAGUCUGAAGGUGCUGCGAUUUCCACAGAUGCCCGAGAAGUUGGAUCCGACUGCCGUGCAUGCCAUCCCGGGCAAGGGCGGGACCUCUGCGUUCGUGGAGCCCACAGCACGCGGAGGCUGUGCCCUCAUCAACUGGCGAGAGGCCAAAGAGGAGAAAGAGAAGAUGGAACCGAGCCUCGGAGACCUCGCUGACCCUGAAGAGGCACAGAAGACAUUGGCAGCUUAUUUCCCUCUCAUCGGGGAUGCCAUGGAUGAAGAGUCUGGCAAGCAGUUCGUGUCACAGAAGGCCUCGCGGGCCUCAACGGUCAAGUGCAACACCUACUCGUUCGGGAGGGCCGUGCUCUUGGGCGAUGCCGCCCACUCCACAGGGGGUGCCAGCGGACAGGGCUGCAAUUCUGCCUUGCAGGAUGCGGUCGUCUUGGCAGAAGUUCUACAGAAAGAAGUUGCCGAUGCCGGUCGCAGCGUACCGGAGGCUCUAGUCCUCUACUCCAAGAAGCAGGUACCGGAGGGGCAUGCCCUGCUGGACCUGUCAUUGGGCCCCGGAGAGGCGGCUGGGCCGUUGCGGCGUGCCCUCUACGGGGCUGCCUCUUUUGCAGGGACGCUUUUGAGCAAGCUGGGGCUGGCGGAGCCCCCGCUGCAGACACUGCUGACCACGUGUUUGACCUCCUUCUCAGAAAUCCGUCGAGAUCGGGACCUGUACUUUGGAGUCUUCCCGACACAGCAGGAGUUUGAGACGGAGAUUGAGAAGAACAGUUUGUGA